GCCUAUAAAAAUCACCAUUACAAGUCCGAAGGACCCUCACUAAUUCUAAAAGAAAGAACCAGAGUUUUGUUUCACUUUAGUUUACGUUUUUUUGUCCUUUUGGAUGUUUUGAUACUAAAAAAGGGAAGCAAAGAAGAAGGGAAAUGGAGGGCAAAGAAGAGGAUGUUAGAUUGGGAGCCAACAAGUUCACAGAGAGGCAACCAAUUGGGACCGCGGCUCAGACUCAAGAUGACGGGAAAGACUAUUCUGAACCACCACCGGCUCCAUUUUUCGAGCCUGGCGAGUUAACCUCAUGGUCCUUUUAUAGGGCUGGGAUUGCCGAGUUUGUGGCGACUUUCCUUUUCUUGUAUAUCACUAUUUUGACUGUUAUGGGAGUUGUUAAGGAAAAAACUAAGUGCCCAACUGUUGGGAUUCAAGGAAUUGCUUGGGCUUUUGGUGGUAUGAUCUUUGCUCUUGUUUACUGCACUGCUGGCAUUUCAGGUGGCCAUAUCAACCCGGCAGUGACUUUUGGACUGUUCUUGGCGAGGAAGCUGUCGUUGACGAGGGCAAUUUUCUACAUGGUGAUGCAGUGUUUGGGCGCCAUAUGCGGGGCGGGUGUGGUGAAAGGUUUCAUGGGGAAGACUCGGUACGGUAUGUUGGGCGGCGGAGCUAACUCGGUGGCUCAUGGCUACACAAAAGGUGAUGGCCUUGGUGCUGAAAUUGUCGGCACCUUUGUUCUUGUUUACACUGUCUUCUCAGCCACUGACGCCAAGCGCAGCGCCCGUGACUCUCAUGUCCCUAUUCUGGCACCAUUGCCAAUUGGGUUCGCAGUGUUCUUGGUACACUUAGCCACAAUCCCAAUCACUGGAACUGGUAUUAACCCGGCUCGUAGUCUUGGUGCAGCCAUCAUCUUCAACAAGGACAAGGGCUGGGAUGACCAUGUAAUGGAUUUUCUGGGUGGGACCAUUCAUUGGUGCAGCACUAGCAGCACUCUACCACGUUGUUGUGAUCAGAGCCAUUCCUUUCAAAUCAAAGUGAUGAGGAUUGUAUGAUUAUGAACUUAAGUUAAACAAAAAAAAAAAAAAAAGAAACCCAACAACCCUUUUUAAGUUUCUUUGUUUUGUUUGUACGCUUGUGUUUUUGUAUGUAAAGAAGAUAUAUUAUUAUGCCUCUGUUUUUAUUUAUUAAACUUGAAAAAGGAAAAAGGGAGGUUGGUAAUGAGCAAUGACCCAUCUAAAAAGUAAGUGGGCAUUUGUAUUUGUAUGGUUAUGAUUUGUGAAUGAGAAAUGUCAUUUUCAUAA